ACACUUCAUAUGAAAUUAAAACUGUUUCAGUGUAUUUCUGUUUCCUGUGUAUGUUCCCUGUUUCUGCUCUUUCGCUGAAUCGCAUAUAUCGCACACUUCUGUUAUCAAAGAAACAGCUCACUGUGCAGCUACCAGUUGCUGAAAGCAAGUAAAGCUGAUACAAUGGCAGACAGAAUCUACAAAGGAGGUAACAGCACAGAGCUGGGUGAGAUAGAUAUGAAAGGCCUGAUUUAUGACAGAGAAGAUGCUGUUAGAGCUCAAGAAACCAGGACAAAGAGGAUAACAAGGAUGAAGGAGGCAGAUUACAUAAGAGGAAGCAGAAGCUCCAGACUGGCUGUGGUGUGUGUGGGGCUGCUGUGUGUUCUCUUGUUGACCACCAACAUAGUGCUGUAUAUGUACUAUAGUAAUGUUAAAGAGGAGAAGAACAGUCUGUCCCAAACCAUCAUUUCUUUGAGUGUAAACUUCACUGAAGAGAGAGAGGCCUUCUUAGCCAGUAUAAGUAACCUGACUGAAGAAAGAGACCAGCUAAAGAGCAGCUACCAGAAUCUGACUGAGGAGAAAGAGAAGAUAAAUAAAAACUUUACUGAAGAGGGAGGCCAGAAAAUGAAUCCUAAGCACAUUUUGAAUGACAAGGCAUCUUGGAAGAAAUUUGGAAGCAGCUAUUACUACAUCUCUACUAAGCGGAAGACAUGGGCAGAAGCCAGGCAGGACUGCAGAGAGAGAGGAGCAGAUCUGGUGAUCAUAAACAGCAGAGAGGAGCAGGAUUUUAUUAAGAAGGAAAACAAAUACGUCUGGAUUGGUCUCAGUGAUCUACAAACAGAGGGAGAGUGGGAGUGGGUGGACGGAUCAGCACUGAUCACUACAUUCUGGGUGGAGGGUGAACCCAACGAUUUUCACGAAGGGGAGGACUGUGCUGUUUCCAAACAGAGUUCUUUUACAAUGAGGACAUGGAAUGACAUGCCCUGUUGUUAUAAGGCAGGCUGGAUCUGUGAAACUACACUGCCAGUCUAUACAGAGACAUUAGUAGUUUAAGCCUUAUGUUGCUUUUAGCUUAAAACUGAAUACCAUUAUAAUUUUAAUGCAGACAUAUUCAGAAGUUUUUUAUGUCUUUAUCAUAGAACAUUGAAUUACAGCGGAUUUUUACUCUGGGUGUGGCUCUUUAAUGAGUAUGAUGUCAUUUACAUGUGGAUUUUGAUUGGCUCUUGCCAGGACACAGGUCAAAAUACCACAGCGUUAAAAAGGAGAAGUGUUGAUGACUUGCGACACAACAAAAUCAAAAAGACUUACGACACAAAUGACUUGGACUUGAGCCUCAUGACUUGGAAAGACUCGACGGCCAAAGUGGAAGAAGUGUGGGGAGGUGUCUGACUGCAGACGGGACUCUUCCCAGCCAUUUACUUUUCAUUAGUUUCCUGUCAUAAAUCUGAUGUGUAAAUUGAAAAAUAGGAUUAAAAGUGAAAACUGCUUGCAGUAAAAUGAACUCAAACGUAUGACAGAUUUACAGAUUUACUCUUAACAGCGUUAUAAAUCUAAUGAUAUGAAUCUGGCCCUUUGUGUUUUAUAUUUUUUUAAUAAUUGAAAUCACUUUGCAGAGAUGUGUUUUUGCUUUGACAUGAAAGAGUCUGUUCCUGUUGAUCAAUGAAUAAAAUCCACUGAUUCAGUGUUCGGUGAUAAUAAAACAUGAGCACUUCUAAUAGGGUGUAUAUGGUAUAAGCUCUGUAUAUGCCAGCCACAUCAAUUUUAUAAGGAUUUAAUUCUACAUUCUGAUUGGUUGAGCCGCGUUUGAAGCUGUUGUAAAAUCCACAACAUACGCACACCUAUGACCGCCUCACAACAACUGAAUUUUGUGUAAGUACGCCACGGCACAAAACAACCCUUGUGCUGUUAAUGGAAUAAUCUUUGACUCUCAUGCUGCUCGCAUUGAGGACCGAGUGUACUGAUGAAGCAAGAAUCCAU